UACUAAUCCUUCCUACGAAUCAGUUUCGAUACCCCGAUACUUGAUACCUGAUACAGCAUUCCAAGGCGCACGACUCAUCCUGUCCUCCUGCGGCAUACAGCGAAUCAGGUCUUUCCCUGUUAUUCCCCGAUUCGUGUGUUUGACGGAGGACAAUAAGGGGAACACAUACCAUCCAUAAUGCGCCGAAAGCCAGUUCCCAACCCGCUGUCCCUGGCUGGCGAUUCGGAUUCCUUGGGCGAUCAAUCUGCAGCCAGCGCCAUCGCCAGCGCCAAUGCCAGUGCUAAUAACAGCGCCAAUAACAGCGCUCGCGCUCUAAACUACCCCGAUCAAAGCCUCCUAGGGACAGAGAGACUCAGCCCGCGUCCGACUCUCGGUAGCGAUUCCAGCCUGCGAGUUGUCUCGCCGACGUCUUCGAGGUCGCCCAAAUCACCACGUUCUCCCUUUGUUAGCAAGUUCAACACGACCACGCCUAGGAAACCCGUCCCGCAACAAAACCAAGCUUACCCCGUCGAUUCUCACCAGCCACUGCAUCCUCCCGACGACGUGCAUCUCGCUCAACAUCGGCGACGCCAAUCUCCCAAUCGCCGCGAGCCUGAAUAUCCACCUUUAGCUCUCCUUCCGUCGUCAAACACGACAAACACAAUCACCACCACUACCACCGCCUCUACCGUGCCGGAUACAUGUUCCCAUCCCGAGGUCGAGAAGCACUCGAGGAGUGGUAGCCGCUUUUUUAACUUCGGCAAAACCUCGAGGUCUGCCAAUCAGCUUUACCCUACACACAACGAUAGUGCCAGCGCGGGCGACGCUAUGUCCCGCGGGACAGAGAAUACCAUUAUGUCAGAUAGAGGGGCGUCGAGUAAAAUCUCCAAGAAUUCAGACCUAUCCUCGUCUGUUGAUCUUUCAGCUCAGAAGUCAGGCCAUUCUUUGCCAUCCAGAUCUGACGUUUCGUUGACGUCGACCAACGAACAAGAGGCCAAUUCGAAGAAGAAUAAACCGAAGCCUUUCACACUAAUGGGUCGCAACAGAUCGCUGAAGGAUAGGGAUGGACAUAGCCCAAAGGAAUCGAUAACAAUCAAAUUGAGUGAACCGGAGCGAGAGAACAACUCCUUAAUGGGUAUGCAACCUUUGAGGACGGCACCAAUGAAUGCCGAUGGGCACGAGAGGUCUUUUAGACACAUGAUGAACUCGACAGUACGGAACCAUUCUGCCGACCGCGCGAUACCCCGGGACACUUCAGGGAACAAAGACCACCGACAUGAUAAAGACUAUUAUAGAGGCAACCCUUCCUCCCUCAGCAACAAUAAUAACGCCAAUACAUUUUUUAAUGGUCUGAAAAAUUCCGGUAGUCGAGCAGCCGACAUGAUCAGCAAGGGCUUAUUUGGAAGAAGCGGCCGUAGUGCCAGUACAUCUGAUAGGGAGUUGGCAGUUGAUGACGAGCAUUACGUUUUGAAGGUUAUCAACUUGCCAUUGGUCGAACAGACGAGAAUGACGAGGAUAUCUAAGCGGCUCGAAGAUUCCCGCGACAAAACAGAGUUCUGGAUGCCCGCCUUUCCCUGGCGAGCCAUUGAUUAUCUCAACCUAAAAGGAACCGAUGUCGAAGGUCUAUAUCGUGUACCCGGGAGUGGUCCUCAGAUUAAGAAGUGGCAAAGAAAGUUCGAUGAGCAAUAUGACGUCGAUCUAUUUGCCCAGGACGAUCUCUACGAUAUAAAUAUUAUUGGUUCUAUGUUCAAAGCCUGGUUACGCGAACUUCCCGACGAACUUUUCCCGAAGGAAGCUCAAGAGCGAAUUUCUCGCGAGUGUGCUGGUGCCGAAUCCGUACCUCAAAUGCUCAUCGAUGAACUUUCUAAUCUGUCACCAUUCAACUACUACCUGCUUUUCGCCAUCACGUGCCAUCUCAGUCUACUUCUCGCGCAUUCCGAUAAAAACAAGAUGGAUUUCCGCAAUCUUUGCAUAUGUUUCCAGCCCUGCAUGAAAAUCGACGCAUUUUGCUUCAAGUUCCUCGUUUGCGAUUGGAGAUUAUGUUGGCAAGGAUGCAGGAACGAAGCUAGAUAUAUCGAAGAAGAAUAUCAACUAUUUCAACAACCGCUGCCUCGAGGGCUAACUGCGACACCGGAUUCACGAAGUCGUAGUGGGGCCAACACUCCGGAUGAACGAAAUUUAUCUUCGUCGGACAGCAACAAGCUAUCAGCGCCUCCUAUGGAACAACAUAAUGGAAAACUAAGAAAGAAACCAGGGACAGGAGGCCAAACAGGAGGCCAAACAGGAGGCCAAAACGGGGGCGCAGUAUCGAACUAUCCGGUUAUGGCACAUUCAAAUUCGCUGACGGUCAAUGGCGAACAAGACAUGCCGCCACGGCGAUCCGGAGAGCGAGAACUGCGGCCGCUGUCGCCUAUAAAACCUCUUUCCCCGAUGAAUUUCUCUUAAUUUGGCCACUUAAAUCUCGGCAUACGCAGUUGGAGAAUAAGGAUGGGUUUUAAUCCGGAUCUGAUGAUACCUUUCUUUUUGCUUUGUCUUGAUAAUACCCCCCCAGGAGAUGAA